GGAUGCGCUCGGAGCCUCGGACAGAUAAGCUUCCUAUAGGCUCUAUAGCUUAUGUCUCCUAAGCAGCGCUGAUAAGGCACAAGUAGUUUGCUCUAGACAACCCUCCGCGCCUCUCUCGAGGCUCCGUCCAAUGUCUGGCCAGAGAGCGGAUUCCUGCCAACUUGGCGAUGUAGGAACGCUCCAUCCCGGUGCUAUUUCACACAGAGACUGUUCUUUUCUUCCUCGGGUGCUUACGAAGGGGAGGCGGGGGCGGGUGAUGGUGGUGCUUGGUGGUGGCUAAAUCCAGUCCUUCAGUCCUGACCUUCCUCGUUCAGACUGAGCCGCCGAAUCAUGUCGAUGAGCCCAAAGCAUACGACUCCUUUCUCAGUGUCUGACAUCUUGAGCCCCUUGGAGGAAAGCUACAAGAAAGUGGCCAUGGAGGGGAGUAACUUGGGGGCUCCUCUGGCAGCUUACAGGCAGUCGCAGGUUGCGCAGCCGGCCAUGCAGCAGCACCCCAUGGGCCACAACGGGACGGUCACCGCUGCCUACCACAUGACAGCCGCCGGGGUCCCUCAGCUCUCGCACACCGCCAUGGGGGGCUACUGCAAUGGAAACAUGGGAGACCUUCCACCUUACCAGGACACCAUGAGGAACAGCGCUUCCGCCACCGGCUGGUACGGGGCGAACCCGGACCCCCGCUUCUCCACAAUCUCCCGCUUCAUGGGCCCGUCGUCCGGGAUGAACAUGGGCGGCAUGGGCAGCCUGAGCUCGCUGGGCGACGUGAGCAAGAGCAUGGCCCCGCUGCAGAGCACGCCCCGUCGGAAGCGCCGCGUGCUCUUCUCGCAGGCGCAGGUGUACGAGCUGGAGAGGCGCUUCAAGCAGCAGAAGUACCUGUCGGCGCCCGAGCGGGAGCACCUGGCCAGCAUGAUCCACCUGACGCCCACGCAGGUCAAGAUCUGGUUCCAGAACCACCGCUACAAGAUGAAGCGGCAGGCCAAGGACAAGGCGGCGCAGCAGCAGAUGCAGCAGGACGGCGCCUCUUGCCAGCAGCAGCAGCAGCACUCGCCCCGACGGGUGGCUGUCCCGGUCCUGGUCAAGGACGGCAAGCCCUGUCAGGCGGGCUCCAACACGCCCACGGCAGCGGCGGCGCUCCAGGGCCACCACCAGCAGCAGGCUGCGGCCACCGCCAUCACCGUGGCCUCCAACGGCGCCAGCCUGGGACAGCACCAGAGCCACCAAGCCAGCAGUGCCGGCCAGUCGCCAGACUUGGGCCAGCACGCGGGAAGCAGCCCCUCGUCCCUCCAGAGCCAGGUGUCGGCUCUGUCCCACCUGAACUCGUCCAGCUCGGACUAUGGGACGGCCAUGUCUUGCUCCACCUUGCUAUAUGGGAGGACCUGGUGAAAGGGGCCGCCCCGACGGGGCCCACCACCUCGUCCUUGUCCUACGGGCUGACCCCUUCCUUUUCUUUUUCACAGGCACACACACGCACACAAAAACACACACAA